AGUGGGUGAGGAAGGAUGCUUCACGGACUGGCGUUCUGCCUGGUGGAACCACUGUAAGGAAGGGCAGUGUUUUUCAGCUGCUGUGAUAAAUGCAGCCGACGGGGCAGUCGCUACUUGAUGCUCACAAAGGUCUUUGUUUUCAAGUUUGUCUUUACCGAAGCCUUUUCUCGUCAUGCCAAGCCAGCAGAAGAAGAUCAUCUUUUGCAUGGCUGGCGUACUGAGCUUUCUCUGUGCUCUUGGAGUGGUGACAGCAGUGGGCACCCCACUGUGGGUUAAAGCCACUAUCCUCUGCAAAACAGGGGCUCUGCUUGUCAACGCGUCAGGGAAGGAGCUGGACAAGUUCAUGGGCGAGAUGCAGUAUGGCCUUUUCCACGGAGAAGGCGUAAGGCAAUGUGGGUUAGGAGCAAGGCCUUUCCGGUUCUCAUCAAGAUCAAUGAAGGAGAGGUACUCUCUGUAUGAGGACAAAGGAGAGACAGCAGUCUUCCCAGAUUUGGUCCAAGCCAUCCCCGUAAGCAUCCACAUCAAUAUUAUUCUCUUCUCCAUGAUUCUUGUCGUCUUAACCAUGGUGGGGACAGCCUUCUUCAUGUACAAUGCUUUUGGCAAGCCCUUUGAAACUCUUCAUGGACCACUGGGGCUCUAUCUGGUCAGCUUCAUUUCAGGCUCCUGUGGCUGUCUUGUCAUGAUAUUGUUUGCCUCUGAAGUGAAAGUCCACCGCCUUUCAGAGAAAAUUGCAAAUUUUAAAGAAGGGACCUAUGCCUACAGAACACAAAACGAAAACUAUACCACCUCAUUCUGGGUUGUUUUCAUUUGCUUUUUUGUUCAUUUUUUGAAUGGGCUCCUGAUACGACUUGCUGGAUUUCAGUUCCCUUUCACAAAAUCUAAAGAAACAGAGACCACUAAUGUAGCUUCAGAUUUAAUGUACUGAAAAGCAAAUAUCUUCAUAAUUUCUCAAUAAGGAUAUGGACUUCCUUUGGCCACUUUUAAUAUGGGUGAUUUCAUCUGUGCAUUUAGACUUCUUAAGUACCAAGCCCUCCUUAUGUUAUGUUUACAGAGCAUGUAGUAAGGAUUCAGGCUGGAAAAUAACAGAAGCAGGAGGAUGGUUUCACUGGGAAGACGUUCUUCCUGAUGGGUAAUGGCCUGCAUAGUUAGUCCAAAGCAGUUGGCUAGAUGGACGGAUGGUUACUCCAUGUCCUUACUGACCGAUAAGAUGCACGUUCUCCCAAGCAGAACUCAACAGGCACAUGACAUACAGUUUUGUAAGACUCCAGGGAGCCUUAACUUACCAGGGACCCCCUGAGUGGACCACGUGGAGCUGGGAUCAAUGCAAAAAGCAAGAGGAAUUUAUUGUUCCAGUGCACUGGGGUUGUCCCAGAUCAACAGUGCUGGCAGCGACCCCCAGCACCUUUUCAGUGAGUUUUUAUACGGUUUCUAGGGGCAGAAUAGAGCAUCAGCAACUAGGCACAAUAUGAUUGAUGGAACAGUGCACCCUUUAAACUGAUUGGUCUUUAAGGAAUGAGGUGACAAGGACUUCCGUUGUCUGAUGGUGGAGGUCCUGUGGAGUGUGUCCCCACACACAGGUCAGUUCCUGUCCUUUAGUCUGAGAAAUGUUAAUUAGCCUCUCCCUUCCAGAGGGGGACGUAUUCCAUGACCUUCCCAAAGUUCUUGAGCUGACCUAUUCAGUUAAAUAAAACAGACGUUAUUUCUAAUUGUCCACAUAGUCACAGAUCCCAGAAAACAGAGGUGAAAUUGGUGUCUUAAACUGACAGUGCACCGAAUCAUUGCAAACCUUCAAGUUCUUUGUAAGUUUGCUUAGAGCAUGAUGUCAUUAUGUCUGGUGGUCAAAACCAGAAAAGUUUAUAAGCAAACAAGCAAGCUAGCAAGAAAGGAAGAAAAAGGAAAGGAAGAAAGGAAGAAAGGAAGAAAGGAAGAAAGGAAGGAAGGAAGGAAGGAAGGAAGGAAGGAAGGAAGGAAGACGGAAAGAAGCAGAUCAAUGGUUUCUUUCCUUAUGCAUCUGAGUUCAUAACAAUGGUACUUACAGUGGACAGAAUCCCUACUAGACAAGUUGGUGAGAGAAACCCACUGGGAACUGUUUCCAGCUUGGUGUCUUUGGCACUAAUGAGCUCCAAAUCAUGAAAAUUCAGAAUUGAGGUGGGAUUGCAGUGUGUCAUGGGAGACAUGAAGCAUGGCCCAAGUCAAAUCUUUCUCCUUGAAUUAUUCACCAAAUGAAUCUGCUGGAGACCAGAGGCCACAAGUGAGCCUGAAACUGACACUCCUUAACUCUCAAUGUGUUACCCUCAGGAAAGAACAAAGGACAAAGACAUUAUGGUGCCCUGGCCACAAACACCAGAGAUCAUAGAGUUUGGAAAUGCUCCAGAAAACCAAUCUGGAACUAGGAAGAUGGCUCAGUUGAUAAAGGGCUGCCUCAAAAGCUUGAGAGCCUGAGUUCAGAUUCCCCAGCACCCAUGAGAAACGCAUGGGUUUCAUACAUGUCUGUGAUCCCAGCACUGGGAAGGCAGAGCUAGGCAAGUCUUAAAGCUCACCAGCAAGCCAAGUCAAACCUAAUCAGUGCACUCCAAGGUCAGUGAGAGACCCUGACUCAAAACAAAAAAACGGAGGUGAUGGAGAAAGGCACCAUCAGCCUCCAUGAACCCCCUCAUGAACACACACAUUUUCAUUUGGGAACAAUUUACAUACAAGGAAGGAGAGACUGCACACCUGAAAUAUAACCAGCUCUGGUGAUGGCCUGCUGGUUACUCUCAGACAUCAGAACAUACUUGCUUUUCUCAGGAUGGAGUCCUUUCACCUUAAUUCAGGACACUGGAAGUUUCUAGAAGCCCACCAGCUAGUCUGUCCAGGAGCUGGUGCAUGCUUUGGUGAUGGGCUAGUAGUGCCCUGACCUGGAGGUCAGACCCUGAAAUUCUCAAGCACAAAAGGCUGUGUUAGGAGGGAAAGGGAGGGAGUUGAAGGCUGGAGGAUGAAUCCCCCUCCUCUGGCCUCCAUCUACCUCUUUCCUCUCUGCUCAGAGGUCUGAAAACUUUCUGUAAUACCAAGCCUUUUUUAAAAAAAAAUUCUGUAGAAAACAA